AUUGCGCAUGCGUACUUCUAUCAAAACACCGAUAGAAGAGGAAUGACCGCAUGAGGGUAUUCAAGUAAAACGAUGCAGUUUCGAGCGUGCAGUGAUUUCAGUGUAACAUCAGUGUGACAGUUUAGUGUGCGAGCAGAGGAUGGACAACGAUACCGUCUCAGCCUCAGAUGGGACAGCAGAGUGCCCCCUGGUUCCUGAGGACAUGGAGGGGAUCUGUGUAAUGCCCGAUUUGGGUGCGAUUAAGACUGAGCAGUCGACAGGAGAUGACCCAGGCACCCAAAAUGUGGCCAUGGGCAUCAAAUUCAUCCUGCCCAACCGCUUUGACAUGAAUGUUUGCUCAAGAUUUGUGAAGUCGCUCAACGAGGAGGACAGCAAGAACAUCCAGGACCAGGUCAACUCUGACCUGGAGGUGGCUUCUGUUUUAUUUAAAGCUGAGUGCAAUAUCCAGACCUCACCGUCCCCGGGUAUACAAGUGCGCCAUGUUUACACGCCAUCCACCACCAAACAUUUCUCCCCCAUCAAGCAGUCCACCACACUCACCAACAAACACCGUGGCAAUGAAGUUUCUUCCACACCUCUUUUGGUGCAUUCUUUGUCUAUUCAUCAGCUCGCAGCCCAAGGUGAAAUGGUGUUUCUUGCCAGCAGGAUUGAACAAGAGACCGUGAUCAAUCUCCAAGAUGAGGAAGGCUUUACCCCGCUGAUGUGGGCGGCUGCACACGGACAAAUCGCUGUUGUCGAGUUUCUGCUCCAGAAUGGUGCUGACCCGAACCUCCUGGCCAAAGGGAGGGAAAGUGCAUUGUCCUUGGCCUGCAGUAAGGGAUAUACUGACAUUGUGAAGAUGCUCAUUGACUGCGGUGUGGAUGUCAAUGAAUAUGACUGGAAUGGAGGAGCCCCUCUGCUGUAUGCUGUCCACGGGAACCACGUGCGCUGUGUGGAAAUCUUGUUAGAGAGUGGUGCUGAUCCCACCAUUGAGUCAGAUUCUGGAUUCAAUGCAAUGGACAUGGCUGUAGCUAUGGGCCACCGGAAUGUUCAACAGGUGAUGGAAGCACACUUGCUGAAGUUACUGAUGGGAAUCAGAGAAUGAACUGUGACACUUGUGGAAAACAGAUACCAAGGCACAACGCUGGGCUCUGGACAAUCAUGUAGCGCGUCCAGGCUGUCAGCCAACGGGAAUAUUUUGUUCCAUUAAGUCACAUUUUCAGCAGCGUCACAUCAUAUCGAUGUUAUGUUGUUGGUGUGACGCACAUGAAGGUUUGAGCUAUGUGAAUUUUCAAUUUUAAGCUUCUUUCAAAGCAUUUUACUCUGCACUUUUUCACAUUGUACAUGGAGUAGCAAAUCUGAUCUAGAUACACUGGCAGAUUUUCAAAGACCAGACGUGUCAAGUCGAGUUCUUCACUGCAAACCAAGGUGCACUGCACUCCACGCGUGUCGUGCUGCAAAAUGUGCAGUGUAGGAUUGAGUUUGCUUUAACCAAGCAUGGAGGUUUUGUUUUGAAUCUUUAAAUAUUGUGUUUUGUAUUGAAUGCCAUCACUGGCUGCUCCAUCCUUUUCCUGUCAUGGCAAGUGUUUUUUCUAAACCAACUUAUUAAUCCUGAUAAUAAACGUAAUGUAGUACAUUGAAUUGCCUCACUUCAUACUGUCUGGUCUUCAUAGUGAGCAGACUACAGUGGGUGGAUUGAAAAUCCGUUGCUACAGACUGGAAUGCACACGGUACGGACUGAUUUUAUGACACCGCCAAGCUGUUUGUUGAUGCUGAAGGUCUUUGUGUUGGUUGUACUAAGUUUAUUUAUUUGAAUAUUUUGGAUUGUGUCGUAAUGUUCUAAAAUUCUCAUACUGAUGUACAGUGAGUCUGUUUUGUUCCUCUGUAUUGUGAUACUAAUGUGUUGUGAUCUCAUGCCUCAUUUAAGUGUCCACGAGGUGAUUGUGGUGCUGUUUGGGUUUUAUACCAGUCAUACUGUAAGUGGUGUAACAAGAAAUAACUUGUAUUGACCUCAGUAUAAGACAUCAUUCUGUACAGAUAUUUAUCUGAUUGCAAGUCAAAAAGGUCAAACUACUGUUUAUAGUCAUUGAAAUGAAGCUGUUAUUUAAUUAAAAGAUCUUUUUAAAUGCCAUGUAACAGUCUUAUGGAGAGAAUAUACACUUAUUUAGUGGCUAUUGGCUACUGUAGAUAACGGAGGAGAAAAGUCUGUGGCAAUGAAUGUAAAGCUAUUGAUUAUACACGAGUUAAGAAUCUAAUAAUGGUAUCUUUAAAUAACAGUGGAAAAUAUAUGUUCAGUCACAAUUGUGCACCAAAGAACUUUAGCUACACGAUUUA